AUUCUCUCAAUUUUUGGAUCCCAGCUGAUAAUUUCCUUUCCUUUUUCUUUUUUCUUUUUCUUUUCUUCUUUUUUCUUCUUUUUUCCUUUCUCCUUUGUUUCUUUUAUUUAAAUUAAUGUAUCAUCCAUGUCUGGUAAUCGAGUACCCUUAGAAUAUCGUAGUUCACCUAGUUGGCCAGCUCUUUAUUGGCCUUUUGGACCUGGUUUUGAUCCUAUAUAUCAAGUUAGAGAUAUUCCUCAUACUUUAUAUUAUUUGAAUGAUAUUUGGAAGUUCACAAUGAUAUGGUCUGUACUAUUAUCUUUAGUAGUUUAUAUUCCAGCAGGUUUAUUGGCAUUCUCCACAUUAGCAAAAUCACGUACACUUCCUUGGUAUAUUCUGAUAUUGAUUCCAUUUAUCUUUGCCUUUGGAGGUGCGUUGGCUUCUUUUAUCAUUGGAGGAAUAGUUGGUGUUGCACUUGCCUUUGUAUAUACUACUGGAUUCUUUGUGAUGUCUACUUGGAUUCCAUUUUUAUGGGCAUUGAUACAUAUCUUAGUUGUAGUUGUUGGUGGAUAUUCUACUAUUACUGCCAUUUUAUAGUUCUCCCUCCCCCCUCUUAUAUUUUUUUUUUUUUAAAAAAAUCCAUUCUUAUUUCUUUUAUAU